CAACGCUACCGCCUUCCGUUGGGCUGCCAUCACCCGUACUGGGCAGCCGUUGUUUGUCACACACAACAACAAGGCCUGGAUGCACGACAUUGGGCUGAGACAGUGGGUGUGUGUGUGCGAUAGCCACAGCGGCGUGCACAAGAGCUCCGUCUUCCACCGAGUGGCUCUGCCACAGCCGGCUCAGGGGGUGGACAAGGUGUUUGCACAAGGAGAGGCUAUGAGUCUGACGCAGAUACAGAAGCUGGUGACGGCCAUGGACAAUCCGAC